GUAGCAAGUACAGUCAGCGUUUACCAAGCCGGGCAUUCGAAUAGGACAGUAUUCUAUCGUCUGGUUCUAUAUCUGCAUGUAUUUGAGCAAGGCAGACAGUCUUCCGACCCGGAGUGCUCCGUUUAUUAUAGAAAACUGCAUCCUGAAAUCAUGAGUCACCUAAACCCAGGACUACUUUCAGCCUACAAUAGUCUGACAGACAAACACCUUACUGGAUACUUCAACAACACCCGGAUCAGGAGACAUCUCCAGAGAGUUGGCCUGAUCACCAGGAGUGGGCGGAUAGUCCCAGACAAAGAGUACAGACACAAUGUGAUGCAGAGAGCCCACCAGAGGCAUGUGAGGGAAUGCCUGGCCCAGGCCAUCUUCCAUAAGGUGCUGGACAUGGAGGGAAAGCCCAUUGAGACCCAGAGACUCCUUUUCAAGGGAGACCUGGCCAAGAAGCGUCUCCAUCAGAUCGAGAUCAAGAGGAAGUUGGAGGAUUUUGCCCGGAGGGAGAGAGUGCAUAAAAUCAAGGUGGAACGUUCCAAGAGGUACGAGGAGGAAGUAAUCCAUAUCCUGUCUCCACGGCCGCCCACGGGCCCCAGGGUCUCCCACGCACAGCAUUCUGGGCCAGAGGGGGAGCACUCUGAAUCCUCUGAAUCUCCGGGCUCCUCCCGGCCCAACACGGCUCCAGGGAAGAUGCAGAGGCCGGUGCGUCUGAAGCCCAUCCAUAGUAACAGCACCACAGCCUCCCACAGACACACCUCCCCCUACAGGCCCCAUGACUCCUCCAACGAAACGGACCAGCCUUUCAACUGCAUUAUGGACAGAGACUCCAGAAGACAUUUGACCGCGACAGAGUUUUCCCGUGGUAUAUCCCCCUACCGUCUUCCAGUCAUCAACAACUUUGUUACCCCAGUGCCACCUCCGACAAAGAGGAAAGAGAGGGGCGGUUUUAAGGGUACCCCCAACGGCACUUUCAGGGGACGGAGACUGCGCCCCACCACGGCCCCCAGUGGCCCCGGAAUGACGGAGGAUUCUACUCUCCUGCGGACCUCUGUGCAGAGUAAAGUAUGUGUGAGCAUGGUGUUCUUUGGAAAGACGGUGCACCUGUCACAUGACCUGAUGGACAUGAGGGAUGAGGUGAAGGUGUUCCAGCAGCACUGUGGGGGAGAGAACCUGUGUGUGUACAAGGGCAGAGUCCAGGAAGGAGAGACGUUCCAGUUUGUGUCGCGGCGCCACCGUGGCUUCCCCUUCAGCCUGACAUUCUUUCUCAACGGGCUGCAGGUGGAGCGCCUCAGCUCAUGCUGUGAGUUCAAACACAGGAAGGGUUCCCGGCUAGGCGGCCGCCAUGGACAUUUUGGAUUCUCCAGCACGGAGGGAGCCUCGCCCUGCUACAGGUGUAUCAUAGCCAUGGGGUUAGACAAGAAGCCCACCCCUCCUCCAAAGAGAGUCAAAGAGGAAAUCAUAGUUACCAGCCCUCUAGACACUGGGAAGGACACUGCAGAGGUGGAGGAGGAGAUGAUUGGUAAACGCAGUCGCUCUCAACCAGAGCCUGAGACAACUCAGCCACAGGACAUGGAAACAGAGAUCAAAGAAGACAUUCCACCAGAGGAGGACAAACCCAAAGAUGACUAUGAAGAGGACUUUGAGGCAGACGACGAGGGGCAGGCUGAGGACGGAGAAGAGAAAGACAAGAAAAGUCCUCCUCCCUCCAGAGAAAGAGAGGGAGAGGAUAGAGAGAAAGAUGACCAGUCUGACAGUGAGGACGAUGACAAAGAUGAAGAGAGAAGGUCAAGGUCAGGCUCCAGCUCCUCAGGAAGUGACAGGGAUGACAGUGAGGCUGAGCCCAAGGAGGACCAAGCAGUCAACCAGGCAGCUGACCUACCCAAAGACCCAGAGGAGGCUCCUCCCCAGGCUGAACAGGCAAAAGACACCCCCACCACCACCACCAUAGCACCUGAUCCAGACCAACCACCCACAGAGGAUCCAACCACAGCCACAGAGAGCAGCUCUCCUACCCCACCCCAGACCACCUCGACUGGGGAGGAAGACACAGGGACCUUGGGGUACAGCCCUGGGGACAGUGCAGCGAGAACCACAGAGCUGGAGGUGUCAGACACCAGUGGGCUGUCAGAGAAGGAGGGGAAAGGGCAUGACGAUGAUGGAAGUGCUGAGGCUAAGGAGGAAGACAAGGAGAGUGGGACUAAGGCGGAGGAUGAGUCUACACAUGAGGAGCCUGAGAGGGCCAAGUCUGUGCAGGAGAAACUAGCAGAGGCCAUUUUGAGGGAGGCUCAGAGUCACUCAGAGCCAGAGCUGAGUGACACCAGCACUGAGACAGAGGAAGACCCCACUGAGAAAACCCAACAACAGGACACCAUUGGUCCAGAACCAGAGAAAGCCGUGGCUUUUACUCUGCAGCAUCAGAUCAGUACAGAGGAAGUGAAGUGUGAGGAAAGUUCAGUCAGUGCACAGGAAAUGACCUCACAGAGUGCUGCCGAGGAACAAGAAGUCAGGACUGAGCUGAAGAAAGAGGAGGAAGAUGGUGCACUGGAGUCUGAACAUAACACUGAAGAGGCCAGUGGUGUGACAGAGGAGAAAGAGGAGGAUCCAAAAGCCAGUCCAGAGACGGAUGAUGAAGAAGAUACAGACAGCAAAGUAGAAACAGAGGGGAAAGAAGAGGGUGAAGAAACUGAGGACAACAAAGAAGAAGAUGAGGCUGUGGAACUUCAGGUGGAUGAGCCAGCUAAAGCAAGUGAUUCUGUAACUAGUAAAGUAAAGCAGCAGGAAGAGAAAACCACAGUGGAGCCUGACAUACCACCUAGUGAGCCAGACAAAGAGGAAGAGGAGAUGAAAAGCACUAAAGAUGAUGAGUCAUCUGCACCAGAAGAACCAGAGAGCAAUAAUGAGAUAGAAACAGCUGUGACCGGUGAGGCAGGGACUGAGGUGGCAGAGAGGGAAGCAGUAGAGAUGAAAGCAGAGCCCAUAACGGAUUCAGAGUCCCAUAGCCAUAAAGAGACGUCUAUAACUGACAAAGACAGGCAGGGAGAUGAGAAGGAGGACACGGUUGGAGGCACAGAGACAGAAGUCACAGCAGAUAAUUCAAGCAGCGUGUCAGAGAAAAGUGGAGAUACCACUGUCUGUGCUGAAAAGACAGCAGAGGGAGCUGAGAAGAGUGAGGAUGCACCUGGAGAAACAGAAGACAAACCUGAGAGUGACACAGGGGAGGCUAUGAAGGAAGACAGACCAGAAAAAGAAGCUGGUAAGGAUGAAGUUGGAGGAGAAACUACUGCAGAGGAUAAGGCAAGUGAUAAGGUAGAAAAUGAUAUUCCCCAAACUGAAGAAGGGGAAGUAAAGGAUGGUGAAAAGAUUGGAAAUGUUAAGAAAGAAGAAAAGGAAGAGACUGAGGAAGAAAAGACUGGAGAAGCUAAGAGAGAUGAAGAGAAAGUUAGUGAGGGUAAGGUAGACGAAAGUGAGAAAGAUGGGGAGGAUAACACAGAAGAGAGGACACAGGGUGGAGACAAUGCUGAGGGGAAUAAGGCAGAGGGGGGAGAAAAAGAUGACGACAAAAAGUCAGCAGAAGUAGAAGAUAAGGUGGAGUGUGAAGAGAAGGUUGGACAGGCAGAAAAGGAAGACAAUGAUGGAGAAGAAAUUGUCAAAGAAGAGGGCAAGCUAGAAAGUGGGGAAAUGGUUGAAGAAAGUAAAGCAGCGAAAGUAUCCGAGCAUGAAACAGGAGAGAAAGAGGGAGAGGAAGUAGUUGAUGAUAAUGUUGUGGAUGCAGAGGAAGCCAGUGAACUUAAAGCAGGGGAAGGAGAAAACAUGACAACAACUGAGGUCAAAGCUCAAGAGACUGAGAUCAAAGACAAUGUUCUAGAAUCUGUAAGUGAUGCGGACGAGAACGAUGAAUCUGAUAAAGAGAGUGGCUCAGCUCCAAUUGCUGGAGACAGCACUGCGGCCAGAGAUGAGACCCUAGUCAGCAGGAAAGAAACAGAGAAAAAGGACAGUGAGGUAGAUGCUGAGAAUGGAGAGACAGCUGCAGCCUCUGAAGUUCAGAGUGACACCGCAAGAGAGGAGACAGAGUCCACAAACCAAGAUACCCAAGGCAAAAACGAUACAGGAGAGGACAAGGCUAAUGAAAAGGACAUGGAGGCAGAAACAAAGACAGAUGACCUAAACAAGGUGGAGACAGAGGAAGAUGCUAAAGACCAGGAAGAGGCAAAUGACAAAUGUGAAAAUACCAAAGUAGAUCAGGAUGCAGACACAGAGGACAAAGAAUCUAAGGCUGAGGAAGCUAACAGAGAUAGCCAUGCUGGUUCACAUGUAGGAGACCCAGAGUCUGUUAACACUGGGGCUGAAUCCAAAGAAGAGGCUAUGUCAGAGAAUGCUGAGAAGGUAACUAAGAAUGUCAAGGAGAUAGAGGAAUCUGUAGAGUCUCAAGAGCAGUCUGAACGAAAAACUCAGUCAAAGGACGGAAUUGGAGAUGCUACACUUGAGAGUGAAGAUAAGAACCCAGAUACAAGCACAGAGAACUUGGAUGAUGGCAAAGAGAAAGUUAAUGAUGGUACUACAGAGGUGAUUGUUGUUUCUGAAGAGUCACAAGCUCAAGCUUCAGAACCCAGAGCUAUGGAGUUAGAAGAUACUACAGAGACUGAAUCAGAUCUGAUGGAAAUAGAACAUAAAAGGGAAGAGGAAUCCACAGAAGGGGUAAGCAAGCCAUCUGAAGAAGGAGCCAGCGUUGUGCUCAAACAUCAGUCAGAAACACCACGAAAAGAAAGCAGUGCAUCACGUAAAGAAGCGAAUGUACUUGAGGAAAGUGUUAAAGCUGAGGACCAUGAUGUAACUCCAGAGACCUUGGAGAAAGAAGACAAUAGGGAUCUUGUAACUAACUGGGUGAACGUACAUCAAUCCUCAAAGUUCUUCGAGACAUUUAUAGAGCCCCUAGAUGACUUUACUUCUGACAAUGCUACCAGUGAGUCUAAUUCGGAUGCCAGGGCUAUAGAGCCAACACACGUGACUGAACUUUCUAGACCAGAGAGACCUACUAAAACGGCAAAGACACCAGACCUGAAACCUGACGAUCAUGAUGCCAAUGCCUCAGAGAAGAGUGCAGCCGUUGGAGGCGGAGGUGACACCAGUGUUGAGAGUGUAGUUACAGAACUUAAAGAGGCAGCCCCAUCAACAGAAUAUGAAAAUGAGUCAAACAGUAAUAAGGUGGAAGUGAUCCAAUCAGAUCUCAGGAGUACUCACUCAAGAGACGAUGAACCCAGUGAAACUGGGCCAACCAAAGACUCUCUCGAGGCGAAAGAAGAAACAGAAGUCACUCUCUUCACACUCUCUACUGAACUUGAACACAGCAGCAGAGAAGAUACAGCUGGGCCACAGGAGGAGGGUCAGAGUUCUUCAGAGGAUCUCAAAGGAACAACAGGGAUGUCUGAGGAUGACAAGGACAAAGGUACGACAAUGCAGGGAGAAACUGAUCUGACAGAAAUGUCCAAAACUGACGUUGAAAGUAUACAGGGCUCUAACCAUUCAGCUGCCAGUGGCAGGCCUGGAAAUAUCAGUGAGAAUCCAGCAGAGACUGAAGAAACCAAAGACAAGUCUGGGUUGGACGAGCAACAAACAACAAUGGAAGAGAUAACUGUCCUGACAAUGCUUUCCAAAAAUGGAGAUGAAACACAGGAGCAGUCUGGGAGUCCAGAGAAUCACUCUGAAUCUGGCACAACAUCAAGAGAACCAGAAGACACCAAAGAUACAAAGGAACCGAAAGAGCAAGAGGCUGCAGAGGUUACAGAAAUAACAGAGCUAAGAGUCAUUUCUAAAUCUGAGAAUGAGAGCCAGGAAGACUCCCAAAGUGUACAGCUCCAUUCUAAACAACUGGAUGGAAGCAGGAGUGGAGACAAAGAAGAUCUACAGCUGAUUGACCAGCUGAGCACCUGCUCAGUGGAAGAUUCUUCACUGUUUGGCCACACCUCGUACCCUCUGUUGACAACUGCACCGACUGACAGUAACUAUUAGAAAGCAACAGACUGGCACAAGGCACAUGAGACAAUCAGAUGACUGCAGGAUGACCUGGAAGGAUAUUCUUCGACAUCACAUUCUUUCCAGAGUUGCAUUAUCGUGAGAUGAUAUUGCUGUAAUGGUUCUCAUGAGAUGACACUGCUAUAACAGUUGCUCCACAAUUGUGAAUACAUGUUUGAGUUUACUAAGAGCUUUAAUGAUUUCCCCCUUUUUUUUCAUGAAAAUGAGUGUCUUUUAUAAAGGUUUUGAUAGUAGCAUAGAUGUUUACAACCAUCCCUUUUUGGGGACAAACAGUGAGGCCUUGUCUGUUGGAGGUAUCAAGCACAGGUGCUGUCUCCAGCUCCCUGUAAACAGAUACCCCUCAAUUAACACUGCACAAAUAAAUAAAUAAUUCAUAGUCGUUAAGCCAUGUGCAGGUCAGCUUGCCCCAAAGCACCUUAACACACUUCGCAGGGUAUGGUUGUGUUAUGAUUGGUUUGGAGAGAGAAAAAAAAACACUCCCGGCCACCACUGAUUUAAAGCACUACAACACUUUCGCGUCGAUGACAGAGACCUUAUUGGAUUAUAGUUUGGCACUGGAGAGGAAAUACAGUUGGCUCUUUAUACUGGAUGUAUAAGCUUAAUUAUACAGAUAAUGUUAGUUAUUUAUAUACAGAAAGAAGAUUUAUGAGAUAGAUUUCCAUAUUUUACAUUGUGAUAACUUUCCAGAGAUUUGUUUAACUUUAUCUGUACUGUAUAUACGACCUGUUGUCACAAAUUGUAUCCCUGCAUUUCUGUGCAAUUUCACCAAUUUCAAUUCUAAGUAAUUACAUUUGAAUUACAUUCACCCAAUUCAUUUGAAAACAUUGUAUGUCAUACAUAAAACAUACAAUUAAUGCCUACACAACUACACAUUCAGUAAUAAAAGUUGGAGAAAUUGUAAAAUGUCCUAUGUAGGAAACGAUUUGUGUCAAAAUAUGUUGCUGCUAACACAUCUAAUACCUGUACUUCUAUUAUUCGAUCAUUUCUUUCUUCAGUUGCCAUUCAUUAUGAAUCCUGUAUUUAAUAAUAAAUAAUAAGAUGUUUAUUGUCACAAACACCGAAUAGGUGCAGUGACAUUUGUUGUUUUACAGGGUCAGCCAUAGUAGUACGGCACCCCUGGAGCAAAUUAGGGUUAAGUGCCUUG